AGUUCAUACACGAACCCCACCCCGGGAUUGCCCACAGUGAGAAGACUUUUUUUAUGUCUGUUAUUUCCUUCUGCAAUGAGACUGUGAAAAAUCUGGCAACAUUUUUUUGCAAGGUCCUGCAAAUAAUUCCUGCAUUACUCAGCUCAAAUAGUAGACAGGGUUUUUUUUUUAGUAGUGACGGUGACCACCCAAAAAACAGAGCCAUUUUUAGACGUUUACUGCUGACGUUUCCAGAGGCUUCAAAUAGCUUCCGUUUUACUCUGGUAGUGAUUGGACUGCCUGUACUUUACACAGUGAGCCAACAUUGAACAAGUCCGACAUCCCUACUACUUCAAUGGAGGAACAGCCCAAAGAUCGGGCACAAGACAGGCACUAUCACCACCACGGAGAGGACAGGAACUCCAUUCAACAUACUACUUGUGUAAAAAAUGAUCAGAGCCACUUCCAGCGCCAGCAUCAGGAAACGCAGACGAAAACAGGUCGGGCCAUCCGGGAAAGCACUAAAAAAGUAAACAUCAGUGAGGAGGAGGGGGACAAGAAUCCACAUCUGUCUGAUACUGUUGGUAUGUUGCAAACCCCCAACAGCAAUGGUAACAGACACACGUGUAAUCCAAAUGUGAAGCCGAAGUCAUCACAAAAGCUGCACACGACUGUUCCAAAAGUGAGCAGCAAAGGACUGGACCAUAAGAAGAAUAUGGACCUUAAAAAUGACAAGGACAAGUCCCUGGAAUUGAAUCAUCAUGAGGGCCAACCCUUGGAUAAGAAAGACUCUGUUUUGCUUCAAAAUGGCAUAGUAAACUGUGGCUUGAUUACAAAUGGUUAUUCUAGCAAGGACAAUGAUGGCAGUGGCUCAGAAGGUGGAUACACUACUCCGAAGAAACGCAAGGCCAGAUGUAACAAUGCCAAGAACUCUGACAAUGUGAUAAGAGAAAAGGAGAAAGACAUGCAGCAGGGCAACACUACACAGGAACACGGGGCUUUUAAUCUUGACACAAGCGAGAAGGGAGUGACUUCCAGACUUGAUGGCUUUAGAGCUGCCAGUAAAGUAGAAGCUCAGUCCGCAGCUAGGCGGGCUGCUGCCUCUGAGGCUUCAAUGGGUGAAUCUCAGAGGAAAAACUCUGAUGGCAAAACUGUUGGCACCUUUGGUAAAAAAACUGAGGACAGGCACAAAGCCAAGCUUUCCUCACCUUCAAAAGAGGACUCAUGGACUUUGUUCAAGCCCCCUCCAGUAUUUCCUGUGGACAAUAGCAGUGCUAAAAUUGUUCCCAAGAUCAGUUAUGCAAGUAAAGUAAAAGAAAACCUCAACAAAGUAGCUCAAGGUGGAGGAGAGGCACUGCCUCCUCCUGUUAGACUGUCACAGGUCCCUAUGUCUGCUAUGAAAACUAUCACCUCAGCUAGCUUUACUAAUGGCCCUGUUUCUGGAAAUGGCAACGGCUGCCCAUCAGUGGGUACCUUCUUUGCUCCUGCUGCUAGUAGUAUUUCACCAGCCCCAUCUAUCCCAAGUGGCGAGAAUGUAGCAUCUCCUUUGGAAAGUAACUGUAGCUCUACAACUAGUCCCAUAGAUGGAGAAGCAUAUGAGCUUAGAAAGUGUACUCUUUUAAUUUACCCUUUAAAUAUGCAACCUGUGCUCCCUAGUGCUCGUCACCUUGACCCGCCGGCUGCUCAGACAAAUCAGAAAGCCUUGGGAGAUAUCUUCCAGAAUCAGUGGGGGCUUUCCUUCAUCAAUGAGCCCAACUUGGGCCCAGAAGGAGGAGGUGGCCAGGUGCCCACAGAGGACAAAACUACUGUGGUCACAUCUCAAAGCGAGUGUCAGGCUGAUCCAGCCAAAGCUGCCCAACCCUGCUUUGAUGUCACCCCAUCAUUCUUGGAGCCUGGCACUUUGGCUCAGGACCCAGAGAAAAGGACUCGUGCACCUUGCAGUCUGUCUAAUAUUUGUUCUCCUGCUUGUGUGAUGAGUGAGGAGGAGAACAAGCUGACUUCAUGUGGCCAGGAAAAGACAAAAGUUGAGGGCAAGGGUGCUGUGUCAGCCCCCAGUAAAGACAACGGUGCUAAGCCUGCACAGGGCCAGCUAACCACUCUGUUGUUUGGCUCGUCUAAAGAGCAGGCCCACUCGAAAGACAUUGGCAGAAGGUGUAGCUGGGGAUCCUUUGACAUUAAAGCUGCUGUCACUUAUCACACUAAAGAAAUGGAAUACAUUUUCAACUUGCAAAAACAAGAUCCAAAAAGAGUAGUGGUUUAUGAUGAGACCAAGGAUGGACCUGAUCAGUGAGGCAGAGGGUCAACAGUACUUACCUUCUUCUCUUCUGGGUGCUGCGGUUAUCUACCUUGGAAAUCAUAAAUCCUGUUGUAGAGAUAAAGUGACGACUGUGAAAACAUUGAUAGUAUAGCAUGGCAGAUUUUCCUUGGAAUCGCAGGUGGAAUAACGGACUUCCUCGGAGGGGCAUCAGACAAACGCGCGCACACUCUGGAGGGACAUUCAAGGAGCUGAUUGGUGCCUCUCCGACACGAUAAAAACAGACACCUGCAAAACUUUGGAGCUGUGAUUGUCGCUUGUCUCAUGGCUCUUUUGGGAAGAUGUUCCAAGUUCAACAAAGGAAGGUGCCGUGGAUUGCACCUCCCUAAGCCUUUAUCCUGUUGAACUUUGGCAGCCGUCGGUCUGACUAAGGGAUGCCUCGGUCAUUUUCUUUCUUCACGCGUUGAAAUGAGUUCAUUGUAGAUACGUUAGACGUUAUACAUACACGUGUGUGAAAGCUUGAAUUCAUGGUGUAAGACAGGAGAACACACUUUGCAAAGAAUGCCUUGAAGUUGUGGACUAAAGAUCUUUGGAGUUCAGUUAAACUGUAAGUUAAGUGAAAACUCGUAGGUGAGGCCCCAUUCAGGAAGGGAGAACCUUGUCUUAAAUCCUUUAGGGGGAAUCAGAGCCCUAAAAUUAAAUGCUUGCUUUUCUUUUUGUACCAUUUUGUCUGACCUAAUGUGAUGAGUGUUAAUCCGCACUGCAGUAUGACCCCAGAGCACAGGUACAAAUGUGCCCAAAUUGAAGGAAAGCUGCGCCCCUUCAUUUCAUCGUUUAUUAUAGGAGCGCUAAAGAGUUUCAAAGUCAGGUCUCUGCGAAAGGCAAAACCUUUUAAUGUCAAAGCUUUUCAUACAUUUCAUACACAUCGUGAAGAGGUCAGUGGAGACUAUCCCAGAAUUCAGAUUCAUACAUCUUUCUAUGUAUGAAUCAUGGGUCGAGUGACAUUUUUAAGCAAGAUAACCAACAAGGUCUUCUGCUCAUUGUUCAGCAGCAAGACUCAGGAUGUUCAUACAGAUUAUUUUGCCUGCAUAGCUGUCUGUGUACAAACUGUUCAAUUCCUCUUGUCAAAGGAACAUGUGUUGCAUUUUACAACUUAGAUUUUAUUUUGUUUUCUGACUCAGCGUUGGGUCUUUUACUUUUCUGUCUUAUGGCAUUGUAUAUCCUGCAUGUUUACUGGUGGUAAUGAACGAGUCAGAGGUCGCUCUUCAUCGCCACGCCAAAAUAACAGUAACACAACUACAAAAAAAAAAAUCGCAAUACUAAUCUAGAUUUUUUUUUUUCUCUCCCCCACCCUGACUAGCCACUUUGUCAAACUGUGUUGAAAUGUGAAGAUGAGUUGUACUUUGUUUUACUGUGGAUAACAUUUAACAUUUUGCAAAGCAGUGUGCAAUAACACCGUGUGAUUCAUACGCUGUGUGAAAAAAUGGGUUAUGUUUAGCUACGAAAUCAUCGCCCAAGACGCUGGUGUGGCCUGCAGUUUGUUUGUUUGCUUGUUCGUACAAAAAUGUUUCAAGGUGCGUUGUCAGUUUUAUUGCACAAACCUUUUAAGUGCAAAGGAGCUCAUGCUGAAAGAUCUAAUUAAGUCUAGGGAGCCCAAAUCAGCUACGACUGCUAACUGGCCAGCUGUGACAUCACUUUUCAUCACCACCUCCAAAUCGGAUCGGUUUAUUCAACGUAACGAAGGAACUGUCCUGGUUUCUUUUCUCAAAAGAUUUGAUUUGGUUAACGUGUGGAUUAAUAGCACUUUAUGUAAACUAAUUGCUUUUAUCUUUUAAUUGCUAGAGAGAGAUCUAUAUGUACUGACAAGAAAUACUCCUCGAAAGAAUGGCUCUGGGCUGUUACUUUUCAGAAAAAAAUUAAUACAGAAUUAUUAAAUGUAACUCAGGUAGUGUUGAUAAAGCCAUGACUAUGUUAAAUAUCGUUUUUUUUUUUUGUUUUUUUUUGCCAAAUGGCCCCUGUCCUUUAAUGUUCAAUUGGAAAAUGUUGAAUUGGAGUCAGAUUUUACAGUCUCACAUGAUGUAAUGACCAAACACCAAAUACUUGCGUGUGAGAGAAGCCGCCAUGGCGUGCAAGGUGCUGUCAUCCAUCAUUUUGAGCUCUAAAAUUCUCCUUUUUAUUGCCCUUUUUUUUUUUUUUUUUUAAAGAAAAAAAAAGCACAUUGCUCCAUGUUACCUAUGUGAACUAGAUUGUGAUUUUCUUGCAAUCUCUGAUGGUUGAUUUGUCUCCCUCGUGUUCAUCGUGAAGCACCUCUUGCUUUAUUAUUGCUGUUUUUAUCCCUGCCGGGUUGAGAGUAUGUUUUUUUUUUUUUUUUACCAAGUACUCUUCUCUCUACUGUGUCCUGAUUAGACAGCACUGCAGAAAGUUGUUCGCGCAGCCCGACAUUUAACUUCCACGUCUAAUCUCAGUCAGCUCUCUGGUAUUUAAAGACGCUUUGUUUUGGCUUCCAUUGUACAGUGUGAUGGAUGAGUGUGUUAUCAGAAGCUGCCCUCUGGAAAAAAAAAAAAAAAAAAAAAAAGAAAAAUUGGAUGUGGUCGACGAGGAAAGCAAGGGUGUUUGAGGAGAUAUCGCCUGUUAGCGUUUAGACUUUUUAUUAUGUGUGUCUUUUACUUGCAAAUUUACAUUUUAAUGUGUCGAUUACAAAAAAAUGUGCAUUGAUUUCCCCACAAUCCACGACAAAGUGACAUUAUCAGGGUCUCAUUCAACAAAAAGCCACAUUUAUCAAUCAACAGUGAUGCAUCUUUAGGCUUCUAAAUGUAAACAGGGUGAUCAGAGCGAGUAGUUAGUGAUGUUACUGUAGUCUUAACAAGCUUUUUAGAAUAUUUUAGCCACUUCAUGUUUUAAGGUGGAUGGUCCUGCACAGGGAAAAUCAGAGAAUCUUGCAUCCUCCCGCCCCAAGGCUCCUCUUUAUGUCAAGCACUUAUUAAAGCAAAAAGGCUGCGUGAAAUAUGCAUCUGUAAAGAUAGAACUAUUAUUAGAAUUGUAGCCUGCAUACCAAAAACAGGUUCUUGAAGCAGAGUAGAUGGUUCAUCGGUGGAUAAGGGGGGAGGGGAGGGGAGGGGGGUUUGAGUGACUGACUGUUGGUGUGUUGAGACAGAAAACGCCUGAUCAUGUGGAGUUUUAAGAUUUCCACCCCCUCAGGAUGUGCAAUCACCUCAAGGAUGCUAAAGCCGGCUUCCGGGUUUUGCAAGUUUGGCCUAGUCGCGUGUGCAUGUGUGCGUGUGUGUGCGUGCGUGUGUGUGUGUGUGUGUGUCGGGUUCUUCCUAUUAUAUGCAAGUUCCUCAUAUAUUUCAACCCCCCUCCUUCCUCACCACACCCCUGUUGAUUCAUGUUCAGGUGCCUGUGUGAAAAAAUAAUUUUUACAGCAAUUUUGAUUGUUUAAAAAUCUGCUUCUAGCAUAUAUCCGUGCCAUUUUUUUUUUUUUUUAUAACAUUUGCAACGCUGUUCAAGUUCUAAUCCUGAUUUCUUCUUUUUAAACGACAUGGACGCAGCUGAAGGCAAGAGGCGUUUUAAAGUGUUUUGUAGGGUUUGAAAUAUUUCACGGCUUGUGUUCAGAUGUGUGUGUGACCUAAAGCCAAAAUCUGUUUGAAUGGGACGGAUGACAAGCCGCUUGCUGGUGUGUAUACCCAUGAGCAGUCCUUUUGUCAAGUUAAUGUCUGAAGUAGCUCAUAAUUGAUUUAACAAAUUGACGUUUUAACACCUUUUUAAAGCAUUUUUUUGUUCGUAUUAUUUUUGAGUUGUAACCUAAUUUAUCCAUAGAUGCACAGGUAGGAUGAGACUAAAAGGAAUAAAUGAUACAGAAAAUCAAAAUGUCUCAUUUAUGAAGAGUUUUAGAUGAUUUUAGGUUCUGAUUAAGACUGAUGUAGACCCCAGUAACGCUGUGUUGAUAUAUUUGAAGUUACUCCUUUCCAGCAGAUUUUAUACAAAUUACUUUAAAUUAAUUUCUUCAGGUAGUUGUGAUGGAAUUGCGAGCGUCCCAGAGUUCUUGUUAAUAUAUUUUUUAUUUGUAGUGAUCUUGUUGUGAGGGGGGAGUGAGGUGUUCACGUGCGGUUCAACAACUCUGGAUCUGCUUUUUUUCGCCAAAGGUACACUACUCAGAUAUUCAGCUACUGAACGGCCACUGCACAGACAGAAAGACACAGACAGACAUGGGGAGGGGACAUAUUUAAUGAUGUCAUUAAGCAGCUCCCUGGCAUCAAGCUGAGCUCGUUGGAGAAUCUGAAUUGAAGAGUCACUACUGUAGCAGCUGAAUGUCACAUUGAGGGUGUUAUUUUACGGUGCGACGGAGGAGGAAUCUUCAAAAGAUGAAAACAAAAUACCGAAAGUGCUGCUUCUUCAUCCAGUAAUCAAUCUUCUGUAAUGGGAAAUGCUGGACUCGGUGUUUGUGCUCGACUUAAAAAAAAUUGUCCCUCCUUCAAACUGCCUCUUGUGGAAACGUUUUAAUUUUGGGGGCUUUUAUGUUGUGUUUUGUUUUUUAAUGACACCUGAGAAGGUACAGUGUUUGAUUCCUCAUACGGGGAGUUAAGAAAACAAGGGCAUCGUGUCUUUACAGGACUGAGUCAUGAAAGGAGUUGAUCUGUUGUGCCGAGUCAUCUUUCUGUUUCUCUGUCAUCUCAAAUGACUGUCGUGCUUGUUGAUACUUCUUUUCUGCUCCUCCUUCUAUCACUUUUGCAUCUCUUGCCCCCCCUCCUCCCCAAAAAAUGAGGCAAUAGUGUUUCUUUCUCAAAUGUCUUACAGGUUGACAUUUACAUUUUUAAGUGAGCAGUCUGAUUUAUUUAAUUUUUCUUUUGAAUUUAACAAGUGUCACAUUACAAUGUUCUUCUUUUUUAAAGCAUGAUAAUAACCCUCAAAUUCCAAACAAUGUAAUAGAGUCAAUUAAAAAAGAAAACCUCCAGUGUUCACAAUUUUAGUUUCCAUUAAAAUGUCAAAUUUUCAUGAAGAAA